UUUUGGGUGAUACUUGGUGUAAAACGUUUGAGAACAAUUACAUUAAGUGAGUAAAUAUCAAUAUAUUGAGUGAAAAAAGUACUUUACAUGAAAAAAAAAACGAAAAAAAAAACGAUUCAGUCCUCUUGUCUUAACAACUACAUUACCCAUAAUUCGCUCCUUCUUGAAAGGCCGGUUUAGGUUUAUCUGUAAAAAGAGUGAUCCUGCUAAAUUUGUUACUAAAUUUGGAAGUAACACAAUAGUAUUAUUGAAAGCUGUCAUAUUACGUAAUAUACAUAUUUUUAAUACGAUAGAAAUGUAUUUCUAAUUACUUAAAUCGUUGUUUUAACCGUCCCUGCAAGUUCAUGGUUGGCCAACAUCUUUCCGGCAUCUCAGUUUGCCGUCAGGAAGCAUAAACAAAACGUUUUCAUUUUCUUAAAAAUGUAUAUAUAUUUUCUCUAAGAGAUAUUUUUGAGGUUUUGCUGACUUUUCAUCCAGCAUGGACGAAGACGGUCUCAAAAUGCUGGUUAAGCUAACCCAGGACGGAGACCUUAGCUCUAUGAAAAACCACAUGCAGACAUGCGGACUAAUGGAGGCUGCCAGAGACAAACACUUCGGGCGGUCCGGCGACACUCUCAUACACUACGCCGCCCGACACGGACACUUGGAUAUUUUAGAGUUUAUCAUAAAAGAAGUCGGCACCGAUAUGGAAGUUUACAACAACGACUAUAAGCGGCCACUGCACGAAGCUGCUUCCAUGGGGCACCAAGCAUGUGUCAGCUAUCUACUGCAGGAGGGAGCGAAAGUGGACAGCUUAAAGAAGGCGGAUUGGACCCCUCUGAUGAUGGCCUGCACUCGGAGGAACCUGGACAUGAUCCGGGAGCUGAUGGAGCACUCCGCCGACCCGUUCCUGAGAAACAAAGAUGGCUGGAACGCCUUCCACAUCGCCUGCAGGGAGGGCGAUCCCCUGGUGGUCCGCUACCUCCUCGAAGUCGCUCCGGAUGUGUGGACAAGUGAGAGUAAGACGCGCAGGACACCUCUCCACACGGCGGCUAUGCAUGGCCGUGAGGAGGUUGUUGGCAUCUUGCUUGAGAGAUGUGACUACAACCCAGACCACAAAGACAGCUGCGGAGUCACACCUUUCAUGGACGCUGUGAGGAACGGGCACAUCUCAUUGGCCAGGCUCCUUUUGGAGAAACAUCAGGCAUCUCCAACUGCAGCCGACAUACUUGGGGUUCAGCCAGUGCACCAGGUGGCUAUCACUGGCCAGGACCAGGCGCUGCGGUUCCUAGUACGAGAGCUCCAUGUUGACGUGAACCAGAGGGCCACUGGCUCGCAGCUCACCUCCUUGCAUUAUGCUGCCAAGGAAGGCCACGUUUCCACUAUAAAGACACUGCUAGACUUGGGAGCAGAUCUUCAUGUUCGGGACAAAAAAGGAAGAACAGCUCUCCACAUGGCUUCCAUCGGUCAACACGCGGAAGCUGCCAGGACAUUGCUGCAGCUCGGGCUCGAAGAUUCCCAGGAUGCAUCUGGCACCAUGGCACGCCAACUUGCCAAAAAAUCUAACAUAAUGCAAGUUUUCAACUACAUUUAAUCAAAUCCACUCAAGGGCAUGAUAAUUCUAAUAUAAUAAAGAAAGAAACAUCGACAUUUUUCUUAUUUUUUCCCUCUUAGGUAGCUAAAACGAAAGUUUAGAUAUCUGUUUUCAAAUGGAGGGAGUUAAAGUAAUAAGUCAUCAGAAAAAUAAAUAUUCAAACAAAGUAUAGAUACUUGAGUAACAAAGUCUUUGUACUAUAAUUCUCAAUGUGUGGUAGUUGUUUGUGAAGAAAGAUCGCUGAAUUCAAUAUUGAAACUGUGUGUAAUGUUAUAGUGGCUUAAACCCUUUUAAAUCCUUUGCAGUACAUUUGUUAAAUACAAUUGAGUUAUAUUUAAAUACAUUUGUUAAAUACAAUUGAAUUGUAUUUCAUAAAAAAAGUGCAUUGUUUGUUUUUAAACAUUUAUUUAGGUACAAUUUUGAAUGACCUUUUAUGUGUAAUACAUUGGAAUUGAAUGAUUAUUUAGGAUAAGCGGUACAGAAAAUGGAUGGAUGGAUUAUUUAAGUACAGUUUUUAUUUUCCUAUAUUUAAGCAAUGUUCAAACUGUGCAAAAUGUUACAGUGGCUUACAAUAGUAUUUAAUAGGACCGCUACUGUGUUUUUGAUGAAUACUUAGACCUUCUAUUAAAUUAAGACAGUAUUUUAAAUUUGGUCAUUAUGGUGGUAUAGUGGUGCCUUGACUUAAGAGUUUAAUUCUAUCCGUGACCACGCUCGUAUCUUAAAACUCAAAAAUCGCAAGUCAUCGCUUUUCUCAUUGAACUGAAAAGAAAUGCUAUGAAUCCGUGCCAGCCUCCCAAAAAACACCAACAAAAAUGCUUUUAAUAAGAAAAAUAGCACUCUACAAUAUUGUACUUUGAAAAGAAAUACGGUAAUAACAUAAUUAUAUUGAAUGUAAAGAAUUAAACAGUACAUCAUGAUUUCAUGGUUUACUGUAGUUCAUUGUGCUGCUCCUUUUAGUGUGGGCGCAUUAACCACCAGAGGCAGUAUAAUACAUCGAAACAUACAACACAUAGAUUUGAUGAUAAAACACAGAAAACCAUCGCAAAACUAAGCUGCAAAUAAUAGUAGUAGUUUUUUUCACAGAGGAUAAAGAAUAUAUGCAUGUCUGUGAGCAUUGUUCGCACGUGUUCCUACCGUUUUUGUCCAAAAAUAAAUUAUUGAAAGAUUAAUAACGACUGCAAUAUCGAUGCAAGUUUCGUAAGGCUGUCAAUAGCAUUUCCCAUUAUGUGUUAGCAUUAAGCUAGCGGACUUUCAUAAGGCAGAUAUGUGCUCUGGUUAAAUACACAGCGUGUAAUUCUUUUUAAAAAAAUGUUUAGUCUUUAUACUACAUUUAAAGUACAAGUUCCAAUAAAUAGCUUGAAGCAAGCAUUUGGCAUCUUUUUAAAAAAAAAAUAAAAAGUUGUUCGCUAUCUGCUCCUUGUUG